UGGUUGCCCCUGACGUGUGGCUGUCCUUUUUGACCAGAAAACUUCCAUCAGAACAGAAAGACAAGACAAAUCUAACUAUCUACGGUGGUUUGGUCACUGCUUCCUUCAUAUUGGGCAGUAUCAGGGCCUACAUUUUCUUUUUGGUUUGUCUAAGAAGCUCUGAGCGGCUUCAUGACAAAAUGGUUGUGGCUCUUUUAAAAGCGCCGGUCCUUUUUUUCGAUUCAAAUCCUGUGGGUAGAAUCCUGAAUCGAUUCUCUAAAGAUGUGGGUAGCAUGGAUGAGUUAUUACCAUUACAGUUUCUAGCUUCAAUUCAGUUGGCAUUGCUGUUGCUCUCAUCAGUUAUCGUUCCUUCUGCUACAAAUCCUUGGGUUUUGUUUGUUACCGUUCCAGUGACGGCCAUGAUUCUUUACUUUGCAAGAUUUUACUUGAAGAGUUCCAGAGAACUAAAAAGGUUAGAGUCAAUAUGUCGAAGCCCAGUCUUCUCUCACGUAUCAGAGACUCUUGAUGGACUGGACACAAUUCAAACAAGAGGUAGACAGAGAGAUUUUAUGGACAAAUUUCACAAUUACCAAGACACUCACACCCAGUCCUUUAUCAUGGUGACGGCGAGUGGCAGAUGGUUCGGUGUUCGUCUGGAUGCAAUAAUUUCUCUUUUAAUUGGCUUGGUUGUCUUAGUGGUAGUUUUAGUAUCUCAAGAUGCCGCUUCCGCUGGGCUUUCUCUCGCUUACCUCAUUCAAACAGUGACCCUGACGCAAUAUGCCGUCAGAAAAUCAUCAGAUGUCGAGAAUUUUAUGACUUCGGUUGAACGAGUUAUUACCUACACUAAGCUUGACUCUGAGCCUGGAUACCAAGUGGACACACUUCCCCCGGAACACUGGCCAUACGAAGGAAAUAUCACAUUCCGCGAUGUGUCGAUGACGUAUUACCCAGGAGGGCCUAAAGCGCUGAGGAACAUCAGUCUUGACAUCAAAGGAGGCUCAAACAUAGGUGUUGCAGGCCGCACGGGCGCCGGCAAAUCAUCUUUUGUCGCAGCUCUUUUGCGCAUGCCCGACCCCGACGGAGAGAUUUUGGUGGACGGAAUUCAGAUAAAGAAUAUCAAUCUCCGAGCAGCUCGCGGAUGCAUCUCCGCUCUUGGCCAAACUCCGGUGCUUUUCAGUGGAUCAUUGAGGAAGAACCUGGAUAUUAUGAAGCGCUUCCAAGAUGCAGAUCUGUGGCGAGUCUUAGAGGAUGUGCAACUGAAAGAUUUCGUACAAAGUCUUGAGGGACAAUUGGAUUACGAAUUGCUGGAAAAUGGAGCAAAUGUCAGUGUAGGAGAACGGCAGUUGAUUUGUUUGGCUCGUGUUCUGUUGCAGCAGAACAAGAUCAUCAUCUUGGAUGAGCCCACUGCACACGUGGAUCCAGCAACAGAAGAAACAAUCUGGAGAGUGGUGCGAGAGAAACUGAAAGACUCCACAAUAAUAACUAUAGCUCACCGUCUGAACACCAUCCGACACUGCGACAAAGUAUUUGUUUUCAAGGAGGGAGGGGUGUUUGAGUCUGGAAAAUUUGACACAUGAAGACUGAAGCGUUUUAUAA